AUGGCCGAGUCGCAGAUGCGCGCGGGCACGCCGCUGCGGACGGCCUGCCUGCUGAUGGCCGGCCGCCCCGACCUCGCGGCUCAGCUGGGCGGCGGCGCCGACGCCGGCCGCGAGCCCAGCUUCGCAGGCGCCGGGGGCGGCUUCGGGGCGGCGGCGGCGCCGCCGCCGCCGUACGGCGGCGCGGCGCUGCCGGGUGUGUUCCAGCCGGGGACGCCCGUGAAAGGCGUCAGCAGUGGCGGCGGCGGCGGCGGGCUGGGGGACUGGCGGGAGCACUUGGCGAUAGUGGCGGCCAACAGGGUCGCGGGGGACAGCGAGGUGCUGCUGCGGCUGGGGGACAGGCUCUGGGAGGAGGGCGGCCAGCCCGAGGCGGCCCACCUGUGCUACCUAGUCGCCGCGCUGCCCCCCGCGCCCCUCGGCGCCCCGGACGCCCGCUUGGUGCUGCUCGGGGCAGACCACCGCGCACACCCCCGUGCGCUGGGCGCCACGCUGGCGCCGCUGCUGCGGACCGAAGUUUACGAGUGGGCGCGCGCCAUGGCGGGCGACGCGUCGCAGCCGUGGGUGUGCCUGCUGCCCUACAAGCUUGCCCUGGCCUCUGCCUGCGCCGACCUUGGGCUUAUCCCUAAAGCAGUGCACUAUGCAAACGCCGUCGACGCCGCGCUCCGCGCCCUCGGCGGCGGCGGCCGGCAGGGCACUCCGCCGGCGCUGGUGCCGCUCGCGGCAGCAGCCGAGCAGCUGCGGGACCGGCUGGCGGCGCACGCGGCGGCGCACCAGAUCAAGGUGCCAUCGAACCAGUCGGCUCUGGGGAAGCUGGGGAGGUUCCUGGAUAAGACAAUCAAUAGCAUCAUGUGGGGAGCCGACGCGCCCGGCCCGGCCGCGGCGGCGGGGCCCGGCGGGGCCGCGAGUUCGUCGGCGGGCGCGUCUCCGGCGCCGUUCCUGGUGGGUGGCGGCGGCGGCGGCAGCGGCCCGCCGUCGGUCUCGGCGGCGCCGGGGAGCCCGUGGGGGGCAGCUGCGGCAGGCGCGCCGACGCGCAACCAAAGUGUCGGCGCGUUCUUCGGGCUGGGCGGCGGCGCGAGCAGCAGCGGCGGCGCGGGGCACUCGCGCAAUACGUCCGUGGACUGGGGUGGCGGCGCGACGCACUACGCGGCCACGUCAGCGCCACCCCACCAGCAGCAGCAGCAGCACACGCACGGCUGGCCUGUGGCGCAGCCGCCGCAGCAGCAGCAGUCCGUACCCCCCCCUGCGCAUGGCGGUGGCGGCGGCUGGCUGUCAGCAGUCGGUGGCUUGCUCGGCGGCGGCAAGCAGCCGGCCGCGGGCGGGGGCGGCGGCGGCGGGCCCGCCUCUGCGUCCGCCUCAUUCUCUGGCGGAGGGCCCAAGGCGCCUGAAAAGGAGAAGGAAAAGGAGCCAGAGUUUUAUUAUGAUGAGAAACUCAAGCGAUGGGUCAUCCCCGGGCAGGAGGAUGCCGGGCCGGCCGCCCCCCCGCCGCCGCCCCCGAUCUUCCCUGCUGUGCCGGCGCCGGCGCCCGCGCCCGCGCAUGCGGCGGCGACGGGGGUGGCCGCGGCGCGCAGCUUCCCUGCCCCGCAGGUGCCGGCGAUCCCGCACGCGCCGGCCCCGGGCGCGGGCGGGCUGCCGCCUCCCUUUGUCCCCGGCGCGCCCUCGGGUGCCGGCGGCGGCUUUGGCGGCGGCUACGGCUCCGCGUCUCCUUGGCAGCCGGUCGCGGCCGCGCCCGCGGCGCCUUCGUCGCCGCGUGUCCCCUCGGCGCCAAGCAGCAGCAGCCACCACCACUACCAGCAGCAGCAGCAGCAGCAGCAGCAGCAGCAGCUGCAGCAGCCGGUGCACACGCCGCCACCAACACGAUUCGGCGGCGCCUCGGGCCCGCGUAGCGCUGGCAGUGCGUCCGGGUCCCCCUACCCUUCCUCGCCCGCCCACCAGCCCACACCAUAUUCAACGCCGGCGGGCGCCUUUGCCGCGGCCACGCCAUCGCCGCCGUCGAGCCAGGCGGCGCGACAGCAGCAGCAGCAGCAGCAGCAGCAGCAGCAGCAGCAGCAGCAGCAGCAGGACGGGUUGCCGCCAGAGGGCCCGCCUGCGCCGCCGAAAGCCGCGUUAGGCACCUAUCCAGGUGCGCCAGGCGCCCCCAGCGGCAGCCUCGCGCCUUACGGCGCAGCCGCCGGCUACUGCGUCCCCGAAAGCGGCGUCAGCGCCGCCAGCGCCGCCCCCGGUGUGGCCGUCUACGCGCCGCAGCAGGCGUCCGCCUCCGGCGGCGGUUACGGCGGGUACAGUAGCUACGGCUUCGGCGGCGGCCCCCAGCAGGGCGCGCCGCACGGCGGCGGCGGCGCGGCGUAUGCCGGGGCGUACGCCGGCGCGGGUGGCUACGACGCGGCGGCGGCGGCUGCGGGCGGGCCUGCGCCUGUGCUGGAGGCUGCAGUGGAUUAUCAAGAACUGAGGGAGGUGCAGCUGUGA